UCAAAGAUCACAGUCAGGUAUUAAUAGUGAGCAAAGGGGAUCAAAGUGUUACCAAGUUGUCCACCUGCAGCAUACAUUGCCGGUUCAGAUCCUCUGUGCUACGGUUCAGGUAUCUUUGGGCUUGUCUAUACACUAAGGAAAAGAACCAAACUCACUACAAAUCCAGUAUACAGGAUACAGAGGAUACAGAGGAUAAAGAGACUACCGGAACUUUCACCUUCUUUUCCUAGUAGUAAAACCAAACCACAUACAACAUAGCAUCCUUGUUGAAGGAAUGGGAGAAGGUCACCCUAAAACAGAGCCUGCUGUGCUGAGCGAGGCUGAGCUAGAGAAAAUUGGUGUAAGGACACAGGUUCCACCCACUUCUAUUUGUGCCAAGACCCGGAAGAUAAGAUGCUCAGCUUCAACUGCAAAGUCCUUGCUGUUCCGGUUCAUCCCCAUCCUGACCUGGCUGCCACGAUACCCAGUCAAAGAAUGGCUGCUAGGGGACAUCAUUUCAGGAUUCAGUGUUGGCAUCAUGCAUCUCCCACAGGGUUUGGCCUACUCACUUCUUGCAGGGCUGCCUCCUGUCGUCGGCUUGUAUUCAGCCUUUUACCCUGUACUAGUGUAUUUCUUCUUUGGGACAUCCAGACACAUUUCUGUGGGCCCCUUUGCAGUCAUCUCAGUGAUGAUUGGGAGCAUAACAGACUCACUGGAACCAAGUGGGAAGUUUAUGGAAGCCGACAAUGAUACCAAUGUUCCCAUUUUGAAUGAGGCCAAGAGGGAUGCUGCCAGAGUGCAGCUGGCUGCUGCGCUUACCUUCCUGGUGGGCAUAUUUCAGAUUGCCCUUGGCCUGCUGCAGUUUGGCUUUCUGGCCACCUAUCUUUCGGAGCCCUUGGUGCGGGGCUACACCACAGCGGCUGCUAUCCAGGUGCUGAUCUCCCAGCUGAAGUACGUCAUUGGGGUGGAACUGGAAGAGUAUGCAGGGCCAUUGGCUUUGAUCUAUACUUUUCUGGAGCUUUGCUCUAAAUUGCCAAAGACCAACGUGGGCACCUUGGUCACUUCCCUGAUUGCCAUUAUUUCCAUUCUUAUUGUAAAGAAGAUCAGCGACAAACUGGGAAAAAGGAUUCCAGUCCCUAUUCCCACUGAGCUUCUCACGAUUAUUAUUGCCACAGGGAUCUCCUAUGGUGCCAAACUGAAUGGACGGUUCAAUAUUAGUGUUGUGGGUGAAAUCCCUAGUGGGUUGGUCCCCCCAAAAGCUCCUGUUGUCAGCUACUUUGGACAGGUGAUAGGAAAUGCUUUCGCCAUUGCUGUGGUUAGUUAUGUCAUUUGUGUCUCUCUUGGCAAGAUCUUUGCAUUCAAGCAUGGUUACAAAGUGGACAGCAACCAAGAGUUGAUUGCCUUGGGACUCAGUAAUUUUGUGGGUGGUUUUUUCCAAUGUUACAGCAUUGGCUGCUCCAUGUCUCGCUCUCUGGUGCAGGAGAGCACAGGGGGCCACAGUCAGGUAUCUGCAGCAGUGUCCUGUCUCCUCCUCUUAGUAACCAUCUUAAAAAUUAGUGAACUUUUCCGAGAGCUGCCAAAGGCCAUCUUAGCCGCCAUUAUUCUUGUCAACCUGAAGGGCAUGUUCAAGCAAUUUAAAGAUAUCCACACCCUUUGGAAAUCCAACUUUGUUGACCUGCUGAUCUGGCUUGUGACCUUUGUAGCUACCAUUUUGCUGAACCUUGACAUGGGACUUGGAGUGGCUGUGGUCUUUUCCCUUCUCACUGUCAUUUUCCGGACUCAGAUGCCCCAUUAUUCCAUUUUGGGGCAAGUGUCUAAGACAGGAAUUUACAAAGAUGCAGCUGAGUAUCAGAAGGCUGAGGAGAUCCCAGGUGUGAAGAUUUUUCGCUCAUCCGCUACUAUCUAUUUUGCAAAUGCUGCACUGUAUGAAGAGGCUCUAAAGACAAAGUGUGGCAUUGAUGUAGAGCACCUCAUUGAAAAGAAAAAGAAAGCACUGAAGAAGAAGCAUAACAAAGACAAAAAAGAAGAGAAGAAAGCAAAGAAAAUUGCUUCUAAGACUAAAGAGACACAUGAUUCUAGCAUCAGCAACCUUGCAUUUGUAGAUAUAGAUAUGGAGGCAAAGUCACAGGAGCCAAGGGGCGACACAACAGCGAAUGGGCCUAGUGGAAGUGUGGAUGACCAGAAAUCCCAAAACCUUAAGCAGCCACAGUCUUCUGACCAACCUGGAUUAAUGGCCUUGGGACUGGAAAAGCCUCCUUUUCACUCAAUUAUAUUGGAUUUCAGUCCUGUCAACUUUGUGGACACUGUCUCUAUAAAGACCUUAAAAAAUAUAUUUAAGGAUUUCCAGGAGAUUGAAGUGAAUGUAUUUCUCGUGGGGUGCAAUGAUUCUGUUAUUUCCCAACUGGAAAGAGGCAACUUUUUCAGCCAAAAUAUCACCAAGCACCACCUUUUUGCAUCAUUGCAUCAUGCUGUUAGUUAUAUCACCAGAAACCAGGAAGAAUUACCACCAACUGACAGAGUCAAACCUAGCACAAAACUGUAAUCGGUGAAAUUGUCUCCUCCUGUGUUUCUCGAAAAAGAACAGAAAACAUCCCUGCAUAUUUUCAGAAGACAAACAGAAUUAUCUUUUGUGAUUGCUGGCACAAUUAAAUGAUCCAGGAUUUCCCACCAUUGUGAAUCCACUGGAGAAAGGAAAAAAUAUCCAUCUUAAGAUGGCUUUCCUUUAGACAACAGAGAAAUUAAGAAUGUAUAAUUGCUUGGAGCAUGUUAGUCCAUGGGUUUAUGAGCACAGGUUACUCAUGUCCUCCUGUGAACAGACUGUGGGGCACCAGUCAUUCCUGCCAUGAAGCAAUUCCUUUCAGACAUCGGAAGCAUCUCAUAUGCUCCUGCAACAUCUUCCCAGAAGAGAAUUUCCCACUUACCACACUUCCACUUGAUUAGAAAAAAUUAUGAUCAACAUUCUCUGCCUAUGGAAAAGUCCCCUUCAGUGUGGAAAGGCAGAAGAACUAAAUUAUGUCCUCCUGAGAACAUCCACUCCACAUGUAUUUCUUAUACUGGAUUUUUCCAACAUUUGAACUGUAAAAGAAUCCAUGGACUUCAUCAGAGGGGCUAAAUUGCCCCUCUACUUGUGCCACGGAGCCCGCCAGCUCCCAUCCCACGAUGUCAAACUAUUUCUGGCAGAGCUCCAUGACGCAAGUGGAGUAAGAACGUUGUACGAUGCCACCGCAGCAUAGCCAACAACAGAGGGAAGCCGGACAGCGGACGCUUCCCUGUAUAGGAUGAGGUAAAGGAGAAGCUGGGUGAUGUGGGGCGAUGGGUUCCCCAUGGCCCACAUUGGAUUUGCCACAAUACGUGGCAAAUUCCUUAAGUAAUGUGAUGAGGUCAUAAGAAGAACAUCAUACUGGAUUAGUUUGACAAAUGAUCAAGUCCAGCAGUGCACACUCCAUCUUGCACUGUCCAGCAACUAAAGUCCCAUCUACACUGACUGUUUAAUACAGUUUGAAGCAAACAACAAACUCCUACAAAGCUCAUGAAAGAAAGGCCUCAAUGUGCACCAGUUCUCUGUGAUUUAUUUACCACCCAGGCCCUAAACUGGUUCCAGAUUUCCUGUGUAUUCAUCUGCACAGAAAAACCCUUUCUUCAGUACUGUUUUGAAAUUGCAUUAAAUUUCAGACAGGUAGAAUUCUAUACGUCAGAUAUUCUUGUCCAUUCUGCAUGCUUUGUAAAUUAAACUAUGUGUGACUAGCAUCUGGCACACAUUUGAAUUUAAUUCUGCUUUGGGAAUUGCCAGACUCUGUGCUUUAGAGUAGGCAUCCUGAGACUAUGGCCCUCCAGCUAUUUGGGCUUCCAACUACAAGAAUUCCUGAUCAUUGGACAAACUGGCAAGUGCUUCUGGGAUUUGGAAGCCCAUGCAGUUUGAGGACAUCAGUGAUGGUAGAAUCAUGACCCUGAACAUCAAGGCAGGAGUUGUAAAUAUGAACAGAUGUUAUGCAGUUAAGCAAAGAAAAAAAAGCAAAGAAAUAGUCUUACAUUAUUAUUUAUUGUCAAUAAGAUUUGUGUUUUAAUCAUAGACCUGUUAUACGAAUUCUGCUGUGAUCUGCCUUGUAUCCCAUGUUGGGAGAAAGGCAGGAAAUAAAUAAAGCAGAAUUUUAAUUCUGCUGAUGAGUAAUUCAAAAUUGUGCAACCUAAUAAAUAUUUUACUUAUUUUUCAA